AUGACUGCCACAACGGCAAAUAACAAUCGCGCAUUUCCCCUCCAUCCCUUCUCUACGAACCCCUUCAAGACGCGCGCUGAUGUCGUCGACGCCGUCACGUCUCUACUCGACCCGCUGCUGCCCGGCUUCUCGGCGCAAAGCGCUUUGAUCAAGGUCGGCAGCACAGGCACUCGAUUUGACGAGACGGGCGCCCAAGUCGAAGGCUUUGCCCGCCCGCUAUGGGGUCUUGCACCGCUGCUGGCUGGAGGCAGCACCUACGCAGCCACGGACAAGUUUGUCCAAGGCCUGAUUUCCGGCACAGAUCCGGGGAACCCGGAGUUUUGGGGUUACAUGGAGGAUACGGAUCAGCGCAUGGUCGAGGCGUGUCCCAUUGGCUUUACGCUGGCGGUUGCAAAUAAAGACUUCUGGGAGCCCUUGACCGAGAGGCAGAAGAAGAAUGUCGAGACGUGGCUGGGAAGCAUGAAUGAUAAGAAGAUGCCGGAUACAAACUGGCUUUGGUUCCGCGUCUUUGCCAACCUGGGACUUGAGAGGAAUGGCGCUCAGUGGUCAAAGACACAGCUGGAAAAGGACAUCAAGCAGCUGAACACGUACUACCGCGGCGAUGGUUGGUCAAACGAUGGCCCCGAUACGUAUCGUCAGAUGGAUUACUACUCUAGCUCCUUUGCCAUCCAGUAUCUCCAGCUUCUGUAUUCCAAGCUGGCUGCAGACAUCGACCCCGAGCAGGCUGAAGAGUACAAGAAGCGCGCACGCAUGUUUGCUCUCGACUUUGUUCACUUUUUCGACCCUGAAGGCCGCGCCAUCACCUUUGGUCGCUCACUGACUUACCGGUGGGCCAUGGUUGCCUUCUGGGGCGCCAUUGCGUAUGCCGAUCUCGAACUGCCCGAUCCCCUGACCUGGGGAGUCGUCAAGGGAAUAUGGUUGCGGAAUCUGCGCUGGUGGACAAGCCAGCACGACAUCUUCCAGUCCAACGGCAUGCUCACAGUGGGCUACUCAUACCCCAACUACUAUCUCGCCGAGAACUACAACUCACCUCAGUCGCCCUACUGGUGCAUGCUUGCCUUUGCCUGUCUCGCCAUGCCGGAAUCACAUCCGUUUUGGAGUGCAAAGGAAGAGCCGCACCCGUUUGCCAACACACGCGUUGUGCGUCCGUUGCCACAUCCGCGUCAGAUUGUGUGCCGCUCUGGAGGCCACAGCUUCCUGCUCUCGAGCGGACAGUCGUGCCACUACGCCAUCAAAAACAGCAACGCCAAGUACGGCAAGUUUGCGUAUAGUGCUGCAUUUGCAUACUCUGUGUCGACGGGGUACCAGGAACUGGAGCAGUUUGUGCCCGAGUCACAAAUUGCCUUUUCCGACGAUGGGGGCGAGCUGUGGAAGAUGAGGAGGGCACUGAAUGGUGACUCACAGAUUGAGAAUAUUGAUGGGGUGCCAGUGCUGGUCAGCAGCAUGAAGCCUUGGAGCGAUGUCGAAGUCUUGACGUACUUGAUCCCGCCGGCAGAGGAGACGCCAAACUGGCACUUGAGGGUGCACCGUGUGACCUCAGGGCGGGAUAUCAAGAGCGCAGAGGGUGCAUGGGCCGUCUAUGGUGCGCGAGGGUCUGACGGGCGCCUCUUGACCGAGUGGAACGGCACGCUUCGCACACUGGAUGCUUCGAUACCAGAAGGGGGUGCUUCCGACAUGACUGGUGCAUUCGCAGCCUCUCCUCGCACGGGCGCCGUGGGCAUAGUGGACGUGUACCAGAACGAGCGGCCGGGCAGUGUCAUUCUGGCAGACGCCAACUCGAACCUGGUCGAGAGCCGGACGGUGCUGCCGGUGGUGCAGAAGGACAUUAAAAAGGGCGAGACGGUGUGGCUUGUCACGUGCGUGUUUGCGAUGCCCGCGAGCAAGGAGGGGUGGCGGGACAGCUGGAAGACGGGGUGGGAGAAGCGGCCCAGCGUGCCUGGAUGGGUGAAGAGCAAGAUUGCGGGCGAGUAA